CACAUAAAAGCAAACCUAUUGUCUUUAAGGCAAGAAGCUGCAGGUUAAUGGGUUAAAAACUUAAUUUAUACUUAUCACCAUACUUCCCCAGUUGAUGUGUGACAUUAAGAAUCACUUUCUUUUAAAAUAUGCAAAUUAGGUAAUACAUAAUAUUAAAACGUGCAUAGGACUACUAUCACAUUAAUGUGAAGAUAUAUGGAGGUCAGAUUCAAAAUUGUUGUUACUUUUUUUUGUCAUUUUAUAAACAAAUAUUUUUUUUUAUCACUAUCAAAGUUCAGAAAAUACUGCAAACAACCGGAAAAAAAAAACAUUUUCAAUUUUUUGGUGUUAGAAAUUUCUAUUAUCAGGUAUAUUAUGAACACAAUCUUCUGUAAAAAAAAAAAAAAAAAAAAAAAAUUCUGAUUAAAGAUAUGAAUAUAGAAAUAAACCUCACUGUAUAUUGUAAAUGAAAAGUAUUGAAAUUGAAAUAAGACAAAUUGAUAAAGUCCAAUAAGAAACACGUCCCAAUCUCGAAACAAUUGCCUGUAGGGUCAUAAUUUAUUUACAUUAGAUAUUGUGUGUUUAAACAAUUAGUGAGGAACAUAUUAACUGUUUAUAAGCAGUAAAUUGUAGUUCAAAUGUUUCUUAAUUCUCUUAAUUUACUACUGGCGCGUCUAAUUUGCAUAAGUUGUAAUAAAGCGCGAGCUAAUGCUGGCUAGAGUAGAGAGGAGGACUGGGCAAUUUCGGUGACAUGGAGGCUUUACGUUCUCUGAAAGAAGCGAUAAUAGUUUAUUUAGAUAGAAGUGGUGGGUUACGUAAAUUCAUCAAAGACUGCAAUGACUUUAAAGGUGCACAGCAGAUGGAGGCCGUAUAUCGCUUCAGUUUGGAUGUGAAUCCCUCAGAUGUCCUUCAACUGGACGCUUUGCUGGGAGACUGUAUACUACACGACCCCAUCAAAGCAGUUUCACUCUUUCAGUCAGUUUGUUUUCUGUCCAUAAAGACCCUGUCACUUAUUGACCACAUAGAAACAGAAAGCCAGGUUAAUGUUGUUUUAAAGCCAACCCACUUGCCACCUUUUCCCAACUAUUGUCUGGACCUCUCUGAGUUUCCCCGUGGGUAUGGUCCAAUGAGACCUUUAGCUUUGCAGGGCCUCGUAAUUGCCAUGACACGUGUCACCAAAUACACACAAGGGGCCAGAUUUCUCUGCUCAGAGGACGCAUGCCCUUGCUCCAGAGGGUUUCAUCAUAUCAGAGUUCAUGCACCAGGUGCCACAGAGUCUGCCACAGUAAGGAAUGACUUUACCUGCUUUCUCUGCUUUUCUCCACUGAAGGAGGAUGUGAAGUCUCGGGUUUUAGGAGAGAAGCAACUAGUUGAACUCAUUCAUGUCCGAGCAGUGGAUGUUUUAGGAGUUCAUGAUCCUGCAUCCUUAAGAUAUCAAUCUGUUACCCUUUUUCUAAGAGAUGAACUCUGUAACUCCAUGAGAAUCGGCCAUCUGUACCGAGUUGUUGGGAUUCCUGCUCAUGUGCACCAGUGGCCUAAUGUAACCUGGAGCGUAGAGGCUUGCAGCGUCCAACCAUGGAUCCCCAAAUGCCCCAGUCUGGUUAGCAACAACUUCCAGAACCUGCAUACGGCCUCGGCAUGUUCCCCGUGGAGAUUUGCUGCCAUUGUAGCCAACUCAUUCGGCUCCCCGGUGAUCCCACCUGGACUCUACAACACUUUAAAGUUGGGGCUUCUACUUAGCCUGCUGCAAACCGAAGAUAAUACAGACUCUCCCAAUCAUCUGGAUGUGCUCGCUCUCACCAGUGACAGCCUUAUCAUUGACAGGUUGAUGAGAUAUAGCCUGCAGUUGGCCUCGCGUGGCAUUCAUCAUGCACUUACAGGAGAGCUUUUAGCAUCUCUAUCUAGAGAUGAACAUGGAGCAAGUACUGCCAACAUUCAUGCAGGUUCUGCUUUGCUGGCAUCUGGAGGAGUCUGUCUGCUAGGAGACCUCACAUGCUACAAGAAAGACAAGAUGGACAUGCUUCAGUCUGCUCUCGAAAGCAGAACAGUGUCUGUUUUCAUUCCUGCAAAGAAAUAUGGUGAUGAUACAGACCAGCAGCUCUCUUUCCCCAUCCAGUGUAACUUCUGGGCCUUAGUUGACAUCGCUUCCCCCUCCAAGAGGACAGCCAGAUGUGAUAAUGCACUGCUGGGUUCUGGGGAAAUGGGCUCAGUUCCCCUUCAGCUUACAGGAGCAUUUGGACUUGUAGUUCAGUGUCGCGAAACAAGCAACAAUCAUCCAAUCCUAUCCAUGACAGUGCACACACUGAGACAGGCCAUGUCGCCAGGAGAGCCUCUUUAUCCUGCAUGCAUGCAGUUUACCACACAAGACUACAAAGAGCUCUUGGCUCAUGCAAGACAAUUGAAAGUGGACUUGAGUCUUGAUGCUGAAAGGAUGAUCCAUGGCUAUUACAUGGGAAGUCGCAGGUUUCGCUCAGACUCAACACAGAGAUCCUCAGUAACUUCUAUUAAACUCCUGAUUGCACUGGCCCAAGCUCACGCUAAACUCAGUCUGAGAACAGAAGUUUUGGAGGAAGAUGCAGUCAUUGCAGUACUGCUGUGUGAGAGUUCAGUCACCCUAAAACAUGGAGCCUCAGCACUCAUCUUUCCACCCGAUGCAGCAUUUCCCUGUGCUCUCCAUGACCUGGACUCCUUGAACCAGCGGGACCUUGAGUUGGAGGAACAUCGCAAGCAGAUCCUGAAUUUUGUGCACACCUACGCACCCCACAUAGAGGAAUAAAAAUCAAGGUAUUGUAGCAAAUAAGCUUAAGCCAAUUUAAAAACACAAGGUUUAAAGAAAUAUUAAUAAUAAAAAUAAUUAGUAAAAUAAUUAAAAAAAA